AUGGAGUUGAAACUCAGAAGGAAAAACACUUGUUCAUCUGCAGUUUUGCUGAUCCUCUGCACUAUAUUGUUAUUGGUCACUACUGGCUUUGGUUCUGCGGAUGAAGGAGAGCAGCAGUAUAAGGUGGAGGGAAGCAGAAAUGAUGAUGCACCAGAAAAACCAUCUUUGUGGAAGAUGACCAGAAAUGCUUUUCCUCCGUACACAUCUUCACCUUUGGGGAUCCGAAGCUACUUGGAGAAGGCCAAAGCGCUUUUGAACCGAGGGCAAGCCUACAUCUUCCCUCCCAGUUUAGAGGGGAGUGGUAAUAAUAUUUAUUUUGGAGAGGAGGCUGGGAGCAGAGGAGGAGGAGGAGGAGCUGGAGAGAAGGUGAGAGAGGCUGUGGGGAAUAGUUUUGGGAAGAGCAAAGAGACGGUGGACUCCUCGGCUAAAACAGCAGCCAAAUUAGUUGGGGAAACAGUGCAGAAGACGAAGGAGAAAGUGAAGAGGAGCUUUUCUGACAGAGAAAGUAGAGAACCUGAAUCUGAGCUCUAG